CUUCCUAUAUAUAUAAGCUUCGUCUCCUUUCACUCAACAGCUUCGUAGUAGAAAUGCUCACAGCAAUUGUCAUUGCAAAGUUCAGUACUUCAGUUCCUUCAAUGGCAGGUCGAAUUGGGAGAUUCUGUAAGGACGAGGGCCUCACCUAUGCUUAUCUUCUUCUCUACAUCGCCCUCUCUAGCGGUCAAAUCUUCUUCAACAAGUGGGUUUUGUCAUCGAAGCAAAUCAAUUUUCCGUAUCCUCUUGGAUUGACGCUACUCCACAUGGUCUUCUCCUCUGUAUUAUGUUUUAUCCUCACCAAAGUUCUGAAGAUUAUGAAGGUUGAGGAAGGGAUGACUGCAGAAAUAUAUGCUACAUCAGUCAUCCCAAUCGGUGCAAUGUUUGCAAUGACCCUGUGGCUGGGUAACACUGCAUACCUGUAUAUUUCUGUCGCAUUUGCACAAAUGUUGAAAGCUAUCAUGCCUGUCGCAGUCUUCGUUCUUGGUGUAGCAGCAGGACUUGAAGUAAUGAGCUGUAGAUUGCUUUUUAUAAUGUCAGUGAUCAGUUUUGGUGUCCUUGUGGCUUCAUAUGGGGAAAUUGAUAUUAACUGGAUUGGUGUGGUCUACCAAAUGGGUGGUGUUGUUGGAGAAGCUUUGAGGCUUAUUUUUAUGGAGAUUCUGGUGAAAAGGAAGGGUCUCAAGCUGAACCCUAUAUCUGUCAUGUACUAUGUUAGUCCUUGCAGUGCUGUGUGCCUCUUCAUUCCUUGGAUAUUCUUGGAGAAGCCGAAGAUGGAUGAAGCUGGACCCUGGACAUUUCAACCGGUUGUGCUAAUUCUCAACUGCCUCUGUACUUUUGCGCUCAACAUAUCAGUGUUCCUUGUGAUCUCACAUACAAGUGCUCUAACCAUUCGUGUUGCUGGUGUUGUCAAAGACUGGGUGGUUGUCUUACUAUCAGUUGUUUUAUUUGCGGAUACAAAGCUGACGGUUAUAAACCUGUUUGGUUAUGGCAUUGCCAUUGCUGGUGUAGCUGCAUACAAUAAUUACAAGUUGAAAAAGGAAGCUUUAAGAACCAGCUCUGACGAGUCUCAAAAUGUUGAAGCUGUACCACUGGUCAACUCCUCAGCUUCUCAGAGAACAGUUGCAUAGAUGGAUUACUCCACUGAUUUGAUGAUGGGUAAUGUGAACUCUGGUGCAAAAUUCCUUAAUAUAUUUAUGUUCGCU